AUGUCGGGCGAAGAAAUGAUCACCCUCAAAAGCUCCGAUGAUGUCAGCUUCACAGUUGAACGCUCUGUUGCCGAGCGCUCCAUCCUCAUCAAGCACCUCCUCGAAGAUCUUGGCACCUCAACCGAGCCCAUCCCGAUCCCCAACGUCAACGAGCCUGUCUUGAACAAGGUCAUCGAAUGGAGCAUCCACCACAAGAAUGACCCGCCCAGCACAGACGACAACGACAGCGAGAACAAUCGUCGACGCACAACGGAUAUCGACGAGUGGGACCAGAAGUUCAUGCAGGUGGACCAGGAGAUGCUUUUUGAAAUCAUCCUGGCAGCAAACUACCUCGACAUCAAGCCCCUCCUCGACGUUGGUUGCAAGACCGUCGCCAACAUGAUCAAGGGCAAGUCUCCCGAGGAAAUCCGCAAGACGUUCAACAUCCAGAACGACUUUACGCCUGAGGAGGAAGAUCAGAUCCGCCGAGAGAACGAAUGGGCCGAGGAUCGCUAA